GCGGCGCUGUGGCGGCAGGCGGCGGCCGAGCUGGCGGGCGCGGCGCUGCUGCUGCUGCUCACGUGCCUGCCCGCGCGCGACGCGCUGGCCCCGCGCCCGCCGCCCGCGCACAGCGCGCUCGCCGCCGGCCUCACCGUCGCGCUCGUCGUGCAGUGCUUCGACCACAUCUCGGGCGCGCAGCUGAACCCGGCGGUGACGCUGGCGCGCGCGCUGGGCGGGCACGAGAGCGCGGCGCGGGCGCUGCUGCUGGCGGGCGCGCAGCUGGCCGGCGCGCUGCUCGGCGCCGCCGCCGCCGCCGCGCUCGGCGCCGCGCCCGCCGCCUGCCUCACGCGCCCCGCCGACCGCGUGCCGCUCUACCAGGUACAUUUGUUGUUGUUGGAUUAUACAAAUUCAAAGAAUGCUUUGGGGAUAUUCUGCGACCUUUCUAAGGCUUUCGACUGUGUAGAACAUUCCACUCUAUUACGGAAACUAAAUUUUUAUGGUAUCAAAGGUUUAGCUCAGGAUCUCAUAGCUUCAUAUCUUCAGAACAGGGUACAAACCGUUGUCGUUAAUGGAGAGAAAUCUUGCGUUAUGAAUUUGCCGCCAAAAGAACGACCGACACGGACACGACACGUUUGGUAUCGGACGCGGGCGCUACGCAAGCAAGCUCGUGCAGGUGCGGUGUGUCGGCAGGCGGCGGCGGUGGAGGCGGCGCUGGGCGGCUGCCUGGCGCUGGCCAACCUGGCGGCGUGGGACGCGCGCACGCGGCGCCUGCGGGACUCGUGGCCGCUGCGCAUCGGCCUCGCCGUCGCCGCGCUCACCUUCGCCGCCGGCGAGAUAUCGGGUGCCAGCAUGAACCCGGUUCGCAGCUUCGCGCCCGCGCUGCUCGCCGCGCGCUGGGAACACCAAUGGGUGUACUGGGUGGGGCCGCUGAGCGGGUCGUGCGUGUGCACUGCGCUGUACCGGUGCGUGUGGCGCGCGGCCCCGUGCGAGCUGGCCCCGUGCGGGUGCGCGCCGUGCGAGCUGGCCCCGUGCGGGUGCGAGCGGGGCGCGCAGCUCGCGCCCGCCGCGGCCCGCCGCGCGCAGCUGCACGCGACCUCGUGACCAGAUCAACCCGAAUACGACACACUGUAGCUGUAGCGACGACACCUCGUUCCCAUUAUCCAUUAGUACAAUUAGACACCUAGGCGACGCCCGUCCCUUUAUGUCUAUUUCCUUUAAUUAUUUAAAUUUAUUGAAAAUUACCUAGGUACAGUAUUGUAAAAUAAAUAUUGUAAGCAUAGAUAAAUAUUAAAUACUAUAAUAUACUAUGGUGGGCGAGAGAGGUGUUUUAUUUAAUUGUUAAUCUUAUCGAAGUGAUAAGAAUCUUUGUGUUGUAAUUUUAGAUUUAGAUAAAUAAAAUGAUAAGUUCGUUAUGAUCCAAUCUCAUGAAGUGACAAAGAUGCUGCCGGAGAUCUUUCAAAGUGCUCACUAUUCAAUUAAAAAUUAAACCGGCCAAGUGCGGGUCGGACUCGUGCACCAAUUAUAAAUUCUAUAUUUGGACAUUGUUUUGUCAAGACGUUGUCACACGAGACGCGAACCACAAUAUACAGAUAAGUACAUACAGUAAGGAAACUUCAUACAAAAUGUUCGAAAUGGCUCUCCCCCCCCCAUCAAGCGUGUUUACGAGGCCGAGGGUAUUGAGGGGGAUCGAUAGUAGCGGUUGACACAUCCACAGAUUUUGA